ACAUGAAAGAUGCUAAGUUGGUUAGUUUUCGAUCUGCAAUAUUGGUGCAGGAUUGGAUAACAUUCAAAGCAUGGGCUUCGGAAGAAAAAAACUCGAUAAUGAACUCACUAGCGGAAGAGAAAUAUAGUUGUCUCAAGAGCCAACUUAUCAACACUUGCAUCACAUCUGAUAUAUUAAAGGAUAUGGUGACCCUUAUCUUCGACAAAGCUGUUCUUGAGCCGACCUUUUGUCCUAUGUACGCUCAGUUGUGCUAUGAUAUACAUGACAAACUCCCUAGCUUUCGUCCUGCAAAGCAUGGAGAAAGUGAGAUGAUCACAUUCAACAGGAUUUUGUUGAAUUUAUGUCAAACCGUGUUCGAGGGAGCUGACGAGUUGAGUGAGGAGAUUAGAAAGAUGGACUCGCCAGAUCAUAAGGCAGAACGGGAGGACAAGGAAAUAUUGUCGAACCUCCGGACUCUAGGAAAUCUUCGUUUGGUUGGUGAGCUUUUUAAGUUGAGGAUGGUUACGCAAUGGAUAGUUCAGCGCAUUAUUAAGAAGCUGUUGGGGGAUGAUAAGAAAAUGUGUCCACCGAAGGAGAAACUCGAAGCAGUUAGUCUCUUUCUCCACACUGUGGGCAAAGUGCUUGAUAGACAGACCAACGAUGAGUGUUUCAAACGUUUAAAGAAUUUGUUAAAACAUCCUCGGUUGGUUUUGCAAUCAGCAUUUGUGGUUCAGUAUCUCAUUGAUUUGCGCUCCAACAAUUGGGUUCCCACCGGGAAAUAGUUAGGGCACCUUUUCUAUAAAUUGAUUAAUGAAGUUUUAUUGGUGUUUUCUG